GCGAGCCCCUCACAAUUACCUGUUCCACCAGAACUGACGCGAGCGCGAGUUGGCGAGCACAUGCCACGCUGGAACAAGAGCCAAAAAGAAGUGAAACUGCGGCUGUGCAGCACCAGGCUCCCGAGGACGAUUUAGAUCAAUCCACCAAAAAAACACGCAAAACAAAAAAACUCAAACCAAACUGUGUGUGCGUUUUAAACAAACCUCUGGAAGAGCCCACUGAGGAUCUGUGAAACUCGCAAGGAUGCACUUGUUGUCCGCCGGCUACGCGUCUGCCCUCCUCCUCAUCGCGCUUCUCAGCCAAGUCACCUCUUUGGAGCCUAUUAUUGGCCAGUAUGGGGAAAUGCUCAAGAUCCCAUGCAACAGUGGAGCCAUAAAGGCAGAAGACAUCGCCAUCACUAAAUGGAAAUAUGACAAAGGGGAUGGAGUUCCAGGAUACCUGCUGGUCAAGCAGAAAAACCAGAAUGUCUCAAUCAGCGCCACUGAUGAAUACAAGGUCCGUGUGAGCAUGGACAAAAACUCCAGCCUGCUGAUCUCUGCCGCCAAGCUCAGCGACCAGCGGACUUUCACUUGCAUGGUGGUGACCGGCGGAGACGUGUUCGAAUACCCAGUUAAUGUCCUAAUUCACAAGUUGCCGGCAAAGUUGGAGAUUUCUGGAGAAGCAGAGGAGCUAGAGAUUGGAAGACUUACUAAGCUUGGAAAUUGUGUUGCAAAAGAUGCCAACCCACCUGCAAACAUCACAUGGUUCAAGAACAAUAAACCUCUGGAGGCUGAUGGGAAAGGGAUUUCCAUCAAAGUUUCUGUUGUGGAAGAAUCUAGUACCGGCCUCUCGACCACUACCUCCACACUCGAGUAUUCUGCAAUGAAGGAAGACACAGGCGCCAAGUUCAAAUGCCGUGCUGACGGUCUACCGCUGGAAUCCUCUUCCAUGAACUUUACUAUUACCUACUCCACAGAGAACAUCAUGCUUGAGGUCAGUCCUCAGAAAGAGCUUAAAGAGGGAGACAACUUGACUUUGAAGUGUGUGGCAGAUGGUAACCCAGCUCCUACCAACUUUAACUUUCACCUUAAGGGGGAGCUGGUGACCGUGGAAAACACAGAUACCUACACCAUCGCGAAUGUCUCACGCGACGCCACCGGUGAAUACAAAUGCUCCCUAACUGAUGACACAUCCAUGGAAGCGACCAGGAACAUCACCGUCACCUACUUAGACAUCAAUUUAAGCCCCUCUGGGAAUAUUGUCAAGCGCGCUGGCGAAGCCUUGAAUCUGAGUCUUCAGAUUGAUUCUUCCGGAAAGGCAGAGGUCUCCUGGACAAAGAAUAAUGCUAAACUGGGCAAACAGCCCAACUUUACCAAGCUCGGUUACUCGGACUCUGGUCGCUAUGAGUGGACGGUGACAGUUGGACACAUCACCCGGACAGCUUCUUUUGAUCUUACUGUCGAAGGUCCUGCAGUUGUAAAGAGCCUGUUCAAAAAUCGCAGUAAUGACGGCCAACAUAAAGUCUUGACUUGUGAGGCUGAAGGCUCUCCAAAGCCAGCUGUUUCCUGGAGCAUUAAUGGCACCGUGCUUGGUGAAAGUCCUUUCGUCAAUGGAAAGAUUACACACAAGAUCAAAGUUGUGCCCUCUGCAAAUCUAACUGUCCACUGUACAGUGACCAAUAGGCUUGGCAAUGAUUCCAGAGCUAUAAAUGUGUCCUCUUCAGUAAUUGAGGAGGUGAGAAUGGAUAAACAAGAUCAGUCGGAAGACAGCGACCAAACCAGAUUGGUGGUUGGUGUUAUAGUGGGUCUCCUCAUCGCCACUUUGGUUAUAGGACUGGCAUACUGGGUUUACUCAAAGAAAUCCAAGCAAGGAAGCUGGAAGACCGGCGAGAAGGAGUGCGGGUCCUCCGAGGAGGAGAAAAAGCUGGAGGAGAAAGUGGAGGAAAACAGCCAAAAAGCUGAGGUGUAAAGAAACAGCGGCGAUGCGAAAGUGAGAACGUGGAACUUUUGCACAUUUCUCUUCACCUCUGUCUUUAGGGAGGGAGGGGGGGGAAAGAGUGUACACUGGGAUGAAGACCGUUUGGAUUUGGUUUCAGGGAGAAUUUUACUAAAAACAAACAAAAAAAGCAUAUCCAAACAUCUCCCCGAGCCCAUCAACCCCUCACUCCUCCCAUUCCUAAAAAAAAAAGAAAAAGAAAAAAAAAAGAAUGGAUACUGUAUGUGAUAUACAUAGCCUGUCUGCACUACUGAUACAUGUGUAAACCUGUCUACUAUUAGGAUUCAUGUUUGUUAGAAUGGAAAUUGGAAAGCUGAGAAAAUGCAAAAUCACUACUAGACCAGUUGCCUUUGAUGUAAGGAUGUGUAGGCCUGCGUUAGUCUGUGUUCGACUUUUUCGGCCCUCGGGACAUAGCAGGGACCAAGGGACAUUACUGCCAUAGUUUGGUUUUUUUCUGCUUUGUUUUUUGUUAUUUCACCUCAUCACACUCAAACAACCUCUGCCUUUGACAUCAAGGUCAUAAAUCCAUUCACUUCUAUCAUUAUUUCAGUUUGUUCAUUCAGGUAAAAAAAAAAAAAAAAGCUGAGAAAUUGAUAAAAUCCUGAAAGGGCUAAGGGUAUUAGCAUUAGUUUUAGAUGUUGUAUAUCAGCAAGGACAUGAUGUUUCACAAAGGUGUUUUUUAAUUAUUAUUAUUAUUAUUAUUUGAUUGUGUGUAACCAGGGGAGAAAAUUAAUUUUGCCUCGUCUUUUCGCCAACGUUCUUUACAUUCAGCGUAGCCACCUAACGACACAAGCAGGUAGAUUAUUGGGAGAAUGUAUAGCACAGUUUAAACCUUCUUUUAUUGGCUGUAGUUUGGCUGCACACGUGUUUUUUGUUUUUGCAUGAAAGCAACAUAAAGUUCACUUUCAUGCUUUUCUUUAAAAAAAAAUAGUAGUAAGGAAAAGGUUGUUUUUAUGUAACUCCUCUAUGAGUUUGUGCUCCAUCAGUGUUGAGGUACGAGUGUUCAUUCUGUAGCUGUGGCAUACUUCUGUAAUCAAAGACACCCAGUGAGCGGGAUGUUUGUCUUAAAGUAGCCUUUACGAUAUGUUUGCCUUCUUUUAAAAAUCUACCUGUAACAGCUUAAGUUUGUGAUGUGCACUAGGGUUCAUGUUUCAUGUCGAGUUUGUGUAGAAUACGAUGGAAUACCUGCAGCUGUACAUGUCACGGUUUUGGUCCCUUAAGAGCAUUUAAUGAAUUUGAAAAAGCAACGAGGCCAGGAUGUAGUUGUGACGUACGUGAUUUUACUUUUCCUUUUUGCUAUUUAUAUUGUACAAGACUAAAAUAUCCUGGUAGGCGCAUUCAAUAAUGAUCACAUAACUCAUGUCUCGGAUUUAAACCACUGAUAAAUUGCUUGCAGACUCUACAAAAAAUGUCAUUAAGUUCUGAGUCAUCGGUAGUUUGCUCUGUGUCUGGUUGAAUAAUAUAUUCAGCAUGUGAGAAUCUCAGACCUCCAAGCUGCUGUUUGUUGCCUACCUUGUGUAAAACCAUCUGAUUGGAAGAUUGACCAAAGAAAGUGAACAUUGCCAUGCAAGUAUUGUAAAUAUCUGAUGUUUGUUUUUGUACUUUUGUUUAAAAUAAAGUGUACAUUUGGAACAGUUAUGUCCACUCAAUGUUAAUUAUGUUGUUAUCAUUUUUCUCGUUUUUUCAUCUGGUCAUCUUUUGAAAUAAAAAUCAACACGGUUUGGGUCUUUCUUUUUCAUUUCACUCGCACGCAUACGCAGAAAACACUGACGGCACAGAGUUAAUGUACAGUGACUGGUUGAGUGAUAACAAAUCUGUCAAUACUGCAGAAAAUAUGCAGAAAACAAGGAAAGUGAUGAGUUUUGAGGAACAGUUAAUGAGACUCAGUCUUGAAAUUUGAAAAAUAUUCCUGCAUUAGACAUACAAAAUUACAAAACCUGACCUUUUGUUGUUAUUACCAGUGGAAACUAUUGUAAAUAUAUUCAGUCCUUUCAUCUGUCUUUUUAGAGGAAGGCAGGAUUUAGUCCUGUUUCUAUGAAUUAUUCAAAAAAAAAAAACAACAGUUAAAAUAUUUGGCCACAAAACUUAGCAGAAUUUUGGAUUUGAUCCAAAACCCAUCUGAGAUUUUGCCACGGGCAGGAUCUACACAGACAUUAUUACUACAGCAUGUCUGCAGUAUCAGGUUUCCAUCUCCUUCCAGAAAUUGACUUUGACAUUUUGGAGUAAGUGUUAUGUCAGGAUGAAUAUGGAUGAACAGGUACAGUGGCAUGAAAAAGGUAUUGAACCCCAUCCCAAUUUUUUUGUGUAUGUGUGUCUGUGUGUGCAUCUCUUACUAAACUGUCAGAUCUUAGGAAUGACUUGUCUUGCUGCAUAAUGCAGCUGAACCUGAGCUCCAGCUCAGACCGGUGACCUGAUGUUCUCCUUCAGGAUUUUCUGUCAGACGCUGGAAUUAAUGUUUCUCUCAAUUGUGGCAAGCCCCCCGACCUUGAAGCUGCAAAGCUGUCCCACAGCAUUACUCUGCCACCUCCAUGCAUGACUGAAAGUAUAAUGGCCGUUUUGUUGUAUUCUCUAUUUAGUUUGUCAGCUCUAAUGAUCCCCUGUCUUCCAGUCACUUAAGCAUUCUCUCAAAAGGUCUUAGGUAUAUUAAAGUGUGCUGUAGCAAAAUCCAAAUGAAGCUUAAUCUUCCUCUGGGUUGGCAGUGAUUUACUUUGGCACACUCCCAUGGAGGCCAUGUUUGCCCAGUGUCUUUCAGACAGUAGAAUAUUGAACUUUAUUGAUGAGAGAAAGGCCUGAAGUUCCUCUGGUCUUCUGGGAAUUCCUGUCACCCAGGUGCUGUUUG